GCGCACAUUACACUUGUUGAUGGUGCUGUAAAUGCUCGAUUUUCCUGCAGCGACAGCUAUUGUGGCGGUGUGAGAAGCUUUACCUUGACAACAUCGGGUUUUUAGGAGAUGGGAAAUUUACUGAACCUUCUCUCUGAUCGACCUGUGAACCCCAAAUACGACGUUUUCUUGGACUUUGAGAAUGCAAAACCGACCGAGUCAGAACAGAUUGUGCAUGGACAAGUAGCUGAAGUACUGAAGAGAGCACGGGAAAUUGAGGAAAAGCUGAAAUGUUAUCAAGGGGCAGGGGAGCCAAUCAGACAAGCAAUAUCAAAUCCAAAGAGCGAGGACCUACAGAUGAAUGCAUGGCAAGUAGUCUGUCCUCUUGUAGCUCAGUUGAAAGAGUUUUAUGAAUACUCUCUACAGUUGGAACGUGUGUUAGUAUUGUUGCUCGAUGCAUUGACUACAUCAGACAUGACUCCUGUACAACAUUUGGAGAUGCAGCAGGCAUUAGUGAAGCAGUUUGCAGAGAUUCUGCAUUUCACAUUAACAUUUGACGAUUUGAAGAUGACUAUUCCAUCAAUACAGAAUGAUUUCAGUUACUAUCGUAGAACAAUGACAAGAAUACAAAUUGAGAGGGACGGGUCUGAGAUAUCUGAUGCAGGAGUUAGUACAGAGAUGGCAAACAGAAUGUCUCUUUUUUAUGCUUCCCCAACUCCAAUGUUGAAGACACUGAGUGAUGUAACAUCGAAAUUUGUAACUGAACAUGGUGAUCUACAAUUUGAGAAUACAACUGAAUGUCUUGGGACGAUGGCUACACUAUGUAAACUGAUGGUUGAGAAUCCUGAAUAUCGUGAGAGGCUGGGAUCAGAGCAAAGUCAAUUAUUUUGCUUGCGAGUGAUGGUAGGAGUGAUUAUUCUGUAUGAUCAUGUGCAUCCUGCAGGAGCGUUUGCAAGGAAGGCUGCAGUUGAUGUGAGAAGCUCUAUAAAAGUUCUAAAGGAUCAUCCUCAUCAGUCAAAUGUGGAGGGACUUCUGAAUGCACUGAGGUAUUCCACCAAGCAUUUAAAUGAUGAAGCGACGUCAAAGGAAAUCAAGGCCAGACUGAAUCAAACCUAACUACAAGCUAUCUUUGUGAUCGAUCUAGUAACCUCAGUUUACAGAGAACUGUACAGUCUUGUGUGCUUGUUUCAAUUUUGUGUAUGACUGUG